GGUGAGCGCAGGCGCGAGUUAGGACAGGCCGGCGGGGUCCUCCUCGCGGUCUGUGGCUUAUCCUCGCGCGGGGAGGUGGUGUCGUCGCCGCCGUUGUCUGGGCCAGCUCCGUUCGUCGGUUUGUUUGUCCGUCCGCCUCUCUUCCUUUCCUAUCAGUGAGUCGGUCGGAGGAAGGCGCGAGGAGGAGUCUCGAGGGCAGCCCGCGGUCGAGCGCGAGUCGGUCCGGCUGAGGCGAUGGCGGACGUCCUGAGCGUGCUGCGCCAGUACAACACGCAGAAGAAGGAGAUCGUGGUGAAGGGGGACGAGGUGAUCUUCGGCGAGUUCUCCUGGCCCAAGAACGUCAAGACCAACUAUGUCAUCUGGGGGACUGGAAAAGAAGGCCAGCCCAGGGAGUACUAUACCUUGGAUUCAAUUUUGUUCCUGUUGAAUAAUGUGCAUCUUUCACAUCCUGUUUAUGUCCGGCGUGCUGCGACUGAAAACAUUCCGGUAGUAAGAAGACCUGACAGAAAAGAUCUACUUGCAUACCUAAAUGGGGAAACAUCAACAUCAUCAAGUAUAGACAGAAGCGCACCACUUGAAAUAGGUCUUCAGCGAUCCACUCAAGUUAAAAGAGCAGCUGAUGAAAUACUAGCAGAAGCAAAGAAACCAAGAAUAGAAGAUGAAGAGUGUGUACGCCUGGACAAAGAGCGACUGGCUGCUCGGCUUGAGGGGCACAAAGAAGGCAUUGUGCAAACAGAGCAGAUCAGGUCCUUGUCUGAAGCAAUGUCUGUGGAAAAAAUUGCUGCUAUCAAAGCCAAGAUCAUGGCCAAGAAAAGGUCCACUAUCAAGACAGAUUUGGAUGAUGACAUAACUGCUCUUAAACAGCGAAGUUUUGUGGAUGCGGAGGUUGACGUAACCAGAGAUAUUGUCAGCAGGGAAAGAGUGUGGAGGACAAGAACUACCAUUUUACAAAGCACAGGGAAGAAUUUUGCCAAGAACAUUUUUGCAAUUCUUCAAUCAGUCAAAGCUAGAGAAGAAGGCCGUGCACCUGAACAACGACCAGUACCUAAUACUGCGCCAGUGGACCCCACUUUACGAAACAAGCAGCCUACUCAAGCCGCCUACAACCGAUACGAUCAAGAAAGGUUUAAAGGAAAGGAGGAGACGGAAGGUUUCAAGAUUGACACCAUGGGUACUUACCAUGGAAUGACUCUGAAGUCUGUGACGGAAGGAGCUUCUGCACGGAAGACUCAGACCCCAGCCACGCAGCCAGUGGCAAGGCCAGUCUCCCAAGCAAGGCCUCCACCAAACCAGAAGAAAGGAUCUCGAACACCCAUAAUCAUUAUUCCAGCAGCUACCACCUCUUUAAUAACUAUGCUUAAUUCAAAAGAUCUUCUGCAGGAUCUGAAGUUUGUGCCAUCAGAUGAAAAGAAAAAACAAGGUUGUCAGCGAGAGAAUGAAACCUUAAUACAAAGAAGGAAAGACCAGAUGCAGCCUGGCGGAACAACCGUCAGUGUUACGGUACCAUACCGUGUAGUUGAUCAACCUCUGAAACUUAUGGCUCAAGAUUGGGACCGUGUGGUAGCUGUGUUUGUGCAGGGUCCUGCUUGGCAGUUCAAGGGCUGGCCAUGGUUGCUACCUGAUGGAUCACCUGUUGAUAUUUUUGCAAAAAUCAAAGCUUUCCACCUUAAAUAUGAUGAAGUCCGUCUAGACCCAAAUGUCCAGAAAUGGGAUGUUACAGUGUUAGAGCUCAGUUACCACAAACGGCACUUGGACAGACCAGUGUUCCUUCGUUUCUGGGAAACAUUGGACAGGUACAUGGUAAAGCAUAAAUCUCACCUAAGAUUCUGAAUUUGGGACUGCCAUUUUGAUUUCUCAACCCUUGGAUUCAGGAAUCUGGAAGCUACUCUGGUCUACAGAUGACAGUUCUCCCUGUCCCUAUUUGUCAAGAACAGUUUACAGAUAAAGAAGGGAGUCAUUGUUGAAUCUUUUAUAAGACCUUUUUGGACCGAUGUAUUGCAAUGACAGGUUGUCAGCCCGUCAACAUUACAAGCAAAGGGUUUUGCGUAAAACUUAUUUUUAAUAAUGUAAACCUUCUAGCCUGCAAUUCAAAUUGUAUAUUUUGAUAGCUACAAUUUCUCCCCUGUUUUGUUAAAUUGGCAGCAUUUUUACAAUUUUUUUUGCUUCUGAAUAGAACAUAGGUUGAUUUUCUCAGAAGGCUAUGAACGUGUGUGUGUAUGUAUAUAUAGGUGUUCUAAACCACUGCACUUCUGAUUAUAGUUCUUGGUUCUUUGCUUUGUUUCACUUAUGAAAAACAAAUUCUGUUGUGAUUGGUAUUAUCCUUCUAGUCUAAAGAACUAUAGGAACUAAGUAAAAUGAAGACUGCUUUAGAUUAAUCAAAUUGUCAACCUGUAUAUGUACUGUAUAUUCUUUCAGUCUUUGAAAAAGGGAUGAAAAAACCCAGAAUUGCUUCUUUUUUAAUGAUUCAUUACCAAAACUGUUAAGCAAAAACAUUAUGAAUACCUUUCAACUGUAACAUCCCCCAUGGACAAUUCAUUAACUUAAAAUGGUGUGUGCAUAUAACCCACAUUGAGGCAUAUAUGAAAUUCUGUAUACACAAGAAUAUACUUAGAACCAGAGGGUAUCUUGGAUUAUUUUUUAUCAUGGAGAUGGCAAAGUGGAAUCAUAGAAUCAGUUAUUUGAAUCCUGAUUGAUGUAGACUGUGUUCUUAAUUUCGUUUAGUGGUAUGGGAACCACAGCAGCAUUCCCUGCUGGUAUGUAACACGAUAAACCUUGAGACCUGUGUGGAAGGAGCCCACACUGCAGUUCUUCUCACCGCUUUCCCAGGUUGCUAUUAACCCAGUUUUUAAGGGUUAAGAUUGGCACGGAAAAGUUGAAUCAUACAUUUCUGCUGUGUGGUAUGUGGCUUCCCUUCCAGUGGCACAGAAAGGUGUUUCACACCUCUUAGGUAACAUAAGAGUGCAUUCUUGGUGGCAAGAAUUCAGACAGUGUAAAGUUACAGUCAUGACUGGUUAAGCUAAUUUUCCAGUAUUCAUAUGGAAUAGAAACUGUGCUGUAACCAAAGAGCAUGCUUGCUUGAUCGCAAAAUGAGCAUAACUAAGGGAAGAAUGUGCUGGUUAUUUCCAUGACGUUUGUAUUUUAUGACACAAUCGUGGAAUGCUGCAGACCACUGAGCAAAGAAAAAAUAUCCUAAGCGUAAUCUUCUGGAUACAUUUCUUGUGGAAUGAACAGGCCACUCAUUUCUGUCUUUCAAAACCAUGUUUUUAAGCUGUGCUUCAAAAGUUUGACAAAAGUAAAAUAUUCUAGUUAAUCUUCCUAGUUUUGCUUUUUUUUCACUUCCUAAUUGGUUCCUUGUGUAGCAUUUCCUAAUGUGAAAUGUUAAUAUGUUUCUUACUGUUUCCCUCUUAAGCUACAGGUGAGAUCUAGGUGGCUUUGAGGAUACUAUAGAUACUUUUCAUAUUUAUUUCUAAUAUACUGAACUGUGAUUUCUAAUUUUGUUUAGUUAGAGCAAGAAUCAAUUUUCCAACCUUUUCAAUGCUUUUUUAAAGUGAUGUUAAGAAUUCACAUUGGUAGUAUUUUUGAAAGUAUAUCACCAUACAACUAGAUAGAUGACAGCCAAAUCAGAAUUGGAAUGUGUUUUAAAAUAAAAAGGGAUUUCAGAAAUCUCUCAACUGAC